AUGGCAAUUAAUAUCAAUUGGGGAAUUUUAGGUGCUGGGAAUAUAUCCUCACAAUUCGUUCAUGACUUGUGCUUGAGUAAUGAAAAAGGUGAUAAUGAAGUUAAGCACAUAGUUAGAUCAAUUGGGACCUCUUCAAAAACAAAAGGUCAAGCUUUUAUCGAUUCAAAUUGUAUUAAAUCAAACAAUAACGAAGGCAUUAUUCCAGAUUUACAAACUUAUGAUGAAUUUUUUACUAAUGAUCAAAUUGAUGUUGUUUAUGUUGGUACCCCACACCCACUACAUAAACAUCAAGUUAUUCAGGCUUUAGAAAAUAAUAAGCAUGUUCUUUGUGAAAAGCCAUUCACAAUUAAUUCAGCAGAUGCUAAUGAGAUAAUUCAACUUGCAAAGAAGAAAAACAGAUUCUUAAUGGAAGCUGUCUGGACAAGAUUUUUCCCAUCUAUUACACUUCUGAAGAAAUACAUAUUUGAAGAUAAACUUCUUGGUAAGAUCAAUAGAUUAUUUGUUGACUUUGCAUAUGAUGCUGAUAUUGAAAAUCUACCAGUUACGUCAAGGCUCAGAGAUAUAAAACUAGGCGGCGGUUCAUUAUUAGACAUAGGCAUUUAUUCUAUAACUUACGCAAGAAUCUUGUUAGAUGACAAAGUUGGAAUCCAAGCGACAGAAUUUGACACGAAGUCAUUUCUCACGUUAGAUCCUAUCGAUAAAGUUGAUUAUACCUCGUCUAUUUUAAUGAAAUAUGUAGAUGGGAAACAAGGAAUAUUAACAUGUUCUAAUUAUACUGAUGGACAGGAACCAUUCUUAAGGCUUGAAGGCUCAAAGGGGACAUUAGAAAUGUGGGCCACGAAUCCUGCUCGUCCCAAAAAAUUCAGGAUUACGUUUAAAGACAGCAGUGAUCCUAUAGAAUAUGAAGACAACAGUGCAUUUAAUGGCUUUAUUCAUGAAGCUGAUGCAGUCGCUAGAAAUAUCAUCCUGGGAAAGUUAGAAAACGAUACGAUGCCUUUAAGUGAAACUCUUUUAGUGAUGAAAAUUAUGGAUACAGUCAGGGCAGAAAAUGGCUUGGAAUAUCCUGAAGAUAAAUCUUGA